UUUUUACGCUCUAGUGAAAUUUUCUGAACGUACUGGCGGGAGAGCAUACCGUAGGUUUUUAUUGUCGAUUGAAAUUACUACAGCGUCGCGCUGCACGAAGAUACUAUUUAAAUUAAAGCCUUUGGUCGUGUAGUGGUCUAUUUUAAGUUAUUGGGAAGAGUGAGUCAAGAGCGACAUCAUCUUGGCAUCGGACCCCGAGUGCCCGCGGAACAGCAGCUAGCUGUAGCUAAGCUAGCGCUAGCUGACGUUACUUCUACUUCCACUUGCUGAAUUUUUCAGGCCUUUAAAAGGUCAUUAAAGAAUUUUGGGGCUUUUUUCCUCUAUAAUUUCCUCAUCUCUUCCCUUCCUGUUUGUGGCGGCCGUAAUUUUUAUUUCUGGCUUGAUUUGGCUGGUGAGAGCAAAUGGCGAAGGUGCAGGUGCUAAACGUCGCCGUGCUGGACAACCCGAGCCCCUUUGGAAAUCCUUUCCAGUUUGAGAUCACGUUUGAGUGCAUGGAGGACCUUCCAGAAGAUCUCGAGUGGAAAAUCAUAUACGUGGGCUCAGCCGAGAGUGAAGAGUAUGACCAGACUCUUGACUCGGUCCUGGUAGGCCCAGUCCCCGCAGGGCGGCACAUGUUCGUGUUUCAGGCGGAUGCGCCGGUCCCUUCCUUGAUACCCGAGAGUGACGCCGUGGGUGUGACUGUUGUCCUGAUUACGUGUACGUACAGAGGGCAGGAGUUUAUCCGCAUUGGGUAUUACGUCAACAACGAGUACACGGAUGCCGAGCUCAGGGAGAACCCACCCCUCAAACCUGACUAUGGGCAGCUCCAGAGGAACAUUUUGGCCUCAAACCCACGCGUGACCCGCUUCCACAUCAACUGGGAGGGCGGUUCGGAGAAGAUGGAGGAUUCUGAGAACGUCGACCCUGCCCCUAACGCCAUGCUGCCCCCCGCAUGCCCCCCAGGCAAGGCUCUCGGAUUAAUGCCGGACAACUCCAUGGACUGUUUGUAAAGCCCUGUGGCCCUCCUGUAAAACAGUCGCCACCUUUAACAGUGCGCACGUGAGAUCCCCCAAGGCCACAUGCCAAUGACACGCUGACUCUGAAAGCCUCACUCUCGGCUCUGGAAUUGGGUUUCAGUCUAGGUCCUGAUAUGUUCAGUAUACUGGCUUAAACAAUCACUGGCACCUUUUUUCUUUCUUUGCCAAGUUAUGUACCAUCAGUUUCAGAACAUUUAGUCCUGCCCUGACUUCGCAUCACCCAGUUAAAUUGACUAAUUCUACCUGCAGACUCGAGCCUAUUAGCAAACCGAGGAGGUGGGCACACAGUGCUGAGAAGGACUUUUCCAUUCCCACCCACUACGUCUGCUCACUGGGAUGUGGUCUGAACCAGCUGGAGCCACGUUAGAGCCGCUACAGCAUUUGACAUUAAACCACUAUCCAUCAGACUGACAAGUUUUCAGAGUUAUUUAAGAAGGCUUAGAAAUAUCGUGUCAUGUCAGUAUUGAGUAGUAAGGGCUGUGGAUAACAUGAUUCACCACUUUUAACAGAUGGUUUGCCAAUGGAGUUGUAUUAUACUGUAUAUAUGAUUUUUUUUUUUUUUUUUCUGUUUGUAUACCAGCUCUCCAAAUAAAUAAAUAUCUUUUGUUAUAGGGAAAGCUGUUUUUCUUGCUAUCUGGAUGUUCUCGUAAGAGUUCAAACAAGCUUCAUUUAAUCCAGAAUGCAGCAGGAAGAAUUAUUUUACUGACAUACAAAGCUCUACAGGACCAUGUUCCUCCGUAUCUAAGUGAAUUUAUUUGCUAUUAAGAACCGUCAUGUCUUGGGUCACAAGGGACUGUUAUCUGUUAAUACCUUGACUUAUGCAAGUUGGCAGGAGGAGGAGCAUUUUCAUUCAUAUCCCAUCAAGUGUGGAAAUGAUGUUUUUCGUGUUGUAUAAAUCAUGCAGAUGUUCGGGUUCUUGGACAUGGAGAGUUAAGGUAGACAGGCUGGUGCUGUCAUCCUGCCACUCGUGCUCUCGCACUAAUUUGUUGACACUGGAGAUGACGCAACAGCUGCUUCUUGUUUCAUCUCAUGCUGAUGCAAGCUUGACCCGGAAGAUGUGGCCCUGCUUACCUGACCACUGUGGACCUUCCAACUGUACCUUAACCAGUAAUGGGUAAUGGCUUAUCUGUAGGUUCCAAAUUCUCUCCUGAAAAGGUCAAAGAUUGUGGAUGCCAUGGAGACUUCAGUGAAUAGCCAGUCACCACUGCCAUCAAUUCUACUAUACUGUUUAGUUGAUUACUCUCUGGACUUAAUAGUGCUAAUUGGUUCUCACUGUAUAAUCUGAGCACCUUUGUGAAAUGUUAGUCUUAUAAAGUUUAUUUAAAGUUAUUAGUAAAAGAGACUUUAUUCAUUAUGUGUUACAAAGUUGCUAUUCUGUGUCAGCUUGAAGGUGAUGGGUUCCCCUUCUGAGGCUUGGUUCCUCUCAAGGUUUUUUCCAUAUGUUCUCCGGGAGUGUUUAUUUGCCACUGUCACACUGGCCUGCUCAUUAUGGAACUGGAAUUGGACUCUGUGUAUAUGUAAUUUCUAUAAAGCUGAUUUGUGGCAACAUGUAAAAAGCGUAAAAUAAAUUUGAGUUCUGUUUAAUUUAA